GAGAAAGAGAAAGAAAGAGAAGGACGGAGAGAGAGAGAGGCAGAGAGAUAGUCGCUUUUAGGUCACUGUGGCGUUCACGUCAGUUGCAGCUCUCUCUCUCUCUCUCUCUCUCCCUCUACUCCCCAUCAACGCCCUCCCAAAGAAGCCUAGUAUGUGAAUCAAACCUCCAUACUCAACACAGUGUAGCGGUGAAGUGAGAAAUUAUCAUACAGAGACCUGGAAGAGAGAGAGAUAGAGAGAAACUGAUGUGACGAGGGGGAAAAAAAAAGAAGGGAAGAAAAAAUGUUAAUGUUUUGGCAUUUACCUUGAAGUGUGUGGAAUCUGUGAGGUGAACACUGCCUUGGUUAAGUUACAGAGGCGAGAGAGAAAACACCACUUACAAAUACCACCAUCUACUGCAGAAGGAGAGACAAGAGGACCGAGUCGAGAGAAUGGAUGAGGACAGGUUAAGGAGACUUGCGGUGCUGGUGCUUCUGUGUGGCGUGUUUCUCGUCACCUCAUGGAUUGAAGACAUCACCUACACCAUGCAGGAGACGAGAACUGCUGCUGAAAAGAUGACCGGGAAGAAGGUAGCAAGAUCUGAAGGGACGGAAGGAGGGAAAGAGAGAAGAGGUGGGAGGAAGGGAGACUACGGUACCUCCAUGCACGAGGAAGGGGAGGAAAAGGAGGAGGAGGAGGAGGAGGGAGGAGAGGAAGAAGCCGAUUAUAUUAAGAAGUUUAAAGCGAAAUCACGUCUCUACGUUCGCACCUCGUCCUUCCAUCUGGACCUGUACUCUUGUCUACCUCGCUUCAUCUGUGAGCUCCACGCGCAGGCACCGGGCGCUGAUUUGACAGAUUUUGAAAAGGAUGUGCUUAGCUUGUUUAGGAACCACGUGGUGUUGGAAGGGCCAGGCUCCCCUGCCUACCCCUACCAGGUGGCAGCGCACAUGGGUCAGCUGUGGACAGGGGUGGAGCCUUCCCCCUGCCACUCCCUGUACCCCUCCUGUCCCCUGUCACGUGCCCUCCUUAUUGACCUGCUGAGAAAUAUUAAGACUUCACGCAGGCUGUUUUACUGAGAGAGAGAGAGAGAGAGAGAGUGUGUGUGUGUGUGUGUGUGUGUGGAAACUCAACAUUCCAAGGCAGUUUUUAUUUAAGUAAUAUUGGAAAAAAAAGAACAAUAAUAAUUACUUAAUGAUGAAGAAGUGAGACUAAAAUAAUAAUAGAUAAAUAAUAAUACUACUAAUAAUAAGUAAAUGAUAAUAGUAACAAUGAUUUAUGUGCCUUAUAAUCGUCUCUGGAAUAAUAAUAAAAUUAAUAAUAAUAAUAAUAAUAAUAAUAAUAAUAAUAAUAAUAAUAAUAAUCCAAUGCUCAAUAUUUGUUAACUGUAAACUUAAUAUUCUAUACUCAGGAGUUUUCUUUUUUUAUAUUUUCUAACGAGUGUUCAUGCUUCUGAAAACACAUAAUAUGGCUUGGCUCCCUAUAUACAAGUAAGUGAGUGUGUGAUAACAAUUCUUCCUGUACAUGCAAAGAAGUAUACAAUUUCUACUGCCAGGUAAUACAUACAGUCAUUCCGGUAUACGCUUAGCUCGUGUGCGUGUGUGUGUGUGUGUGUGUGUGUGUGAGAGGAUAUAUAUAUAUAUAUAUAUAUAUAUAUAUAUAUAUAUAUAUAUAUAUAUAUAUAUAUAUAUAUAUAUAUAUGAUGUUAAUAGGUUAUAAUAUACGUAAAAUACUCUUUUUAAUGUGUAUGGUGUUGAAAAGUGUGUGUGUGUGUGUGUGUGUGUGUGUGUGUGUGUGUGUGUGUGUGUCAGAAAGACAAUAACUGUCUGACAUAAUAUAUAUUUUUCUAUACAAGUAUUUUAAUGUUUCGUGUAACAUGAGAACAAAGAACAGUGAGAGAGAGAGAGAGAGAGAGAGAGAGAGAGAGAGAGAGAGAGAGAGAGAGAGAGAGAGAGAGAGAGA